AUGCCGAACAGCACGAAUAUUUCUGAUCCCCCCCCCGGCUCCACGAGCCUGUGGGGGCCCUCGGCGGGGGACAGACCGCAGGUGAGUGAAGGCGGCACUUCGAGUCUAUUUCUCGGUUUGACAGUGGGAGGACAUGAAAAGCGUGCAAGUGUAUCCUCUGCAGAUUGGAUAUCCGAUGAACUGUUAGACCUGGCAAGGAACCUUAAGACGAUUGUCCCCAAGGGAACAUGGGAAAGUCUUGGUAGUGAAAAUGAAAUUGCUGAGGAAAAUGGCUACAACGUGAAGAAGCGGCCACAGGUGCGUGUUUCGUUUGAGGUGCGUCGUGAUGUUCUUCUACUUCAACGAAUGGUUCACACGAGUUAUCUGACGAAGGAAGCCAGUGAGGAUAGUCGUGAUCAGCGCGGGACAACGAGCACCAUGUAUGAAGUGUCGAGGAAUGAAGUGGAAACCGGAGUGCAGGCGGUUUUGCCGGUUGUGGACGAGGCGUCACAGACGUCAUUUUCUCGAAAGGUUGAUUCCGCUAUUCAGGUACAGCCCACCCUUGUUGAUGCGUGUAUUCAUAACAUAACGGUCCCCAAGACCGAAGAUCCCAAGAUGACGGCCUUCCUUAACAAAGUGCUUCCCCGUAUGUUACAUUGUUUGCUGCAAAACCACGAGGUGCCCAUUUACCAGGAUGACUUUAGUCUUUUUACGGAAGAUGAUGCGAUUGUGGGCUCCCGUGAUGACACGGUCCUAAUUGAAAAGGGCAACUAUACGCACACUACAAUGAAGGAUCUUCGAGUUUCUUCAAUCAGCUGGCGAAGUUUUCGUCCCAAGGAUGACCUUGUUUGUAUGGCCUCUAUUUCAAGACACAAUUUGGAAGAACGCAUUGAGGCAGAAAAAAGAUGUGAAACUGUCAUCAACCUCCUUUGGGAUUUUGCAGACCCCAUGCAUCCACGGGCUUUCUUAGAGGCGCCGGUGGAAAUCCAGGUCCUUCAGUUUAAUCCUCUAAGGCCAAACUACAUAGUAGGUGGUGCAAUGAAUGGGCAAAUAUUUCUUUGGGACCUUAACCGGAUGGAUACAGCCACGGCCACCAACAAAAAGUUGUUGGUGGAUCAUGCGGACGAUCAAAAUAAGUUAUUGAAAACCGUGCCCGGGGCAAAAGAAAUCCCUCCCAUGGCGUUGAGUGUGAAGGGAGUUAGUAUGGAGCGGGAUGGUGAUGUACUCGUGCCUCGCCUUCAACCGGUGCAAAUUUCUCGAGUCGAGCUUUCGCAUAGACGUCCUGUGCAUGCUAUUCAAUGGAUGCUUAACGGCCUGGAGUGUGGGUUUGAUGGGAAACAAACUGUGACACACGAGGGACGACAGUUUGUUUCGCUAAGCGAUGACGGGUACAUGUGUGUUUGGGACAUUCGUCCUGAUUACCUUCCCCCUGAUAAGCUUCGCAAGAUAAAACACCAGAGUCGCGUGGGCGGCGAAGAGGUUCCGUGGGUCCCAUUGCUGCGAUAUCAGUUGUCACGGCCUGGUGGAGGUAUUGAUUUGAUGGGCUUCCGUUUUUAUGUGGAUGGCCUUGACUUUCGUGAAACCCCUUCGUACGUUACUGUCUGUGGCACCACACUUGGGGAGAUUGCAAUGUGCAAUACGCUCAUACCGGAUGAGCGGCGGGAAUUUUCAACCCAGGCGGACGAAACCCGUUUCGUAAGACUCCUGAACAAGGGGCAUUCAGGACCAGUCUACAGUAUACAACGGCAUCCGACCAUAAGUGAUGUUUAUUUGUCGUGUGGUGACCUUCACUUUAAACUUUGGCGCCUGGGUUUGAGUCAUCCAAUCUUUAUUUCAUCGCAACAUGAUGCGCCUGUCACCUGCGCUUGUUGGACUCCUUUACGAUCCAGUAUUGUUUUUGUGGGCACAAUGGAUGGGAAGAUUCUGGUAUGGGAUCUGUUAGAUAGAAACAGAGAGCCGCUGCUUGUUCAGCAGCUUGUGCAGGAUGCAAUUACCGUCAUCAACUUUAAGCCCGUUCCCCCCACACUUCCCCCACACUAUGUACAGUAUGUCGCCAUUGGCACAAGUGUUGGGUCAUUUCACUGGUAUGCACUGCCGAAGGUUUUGUCACGGGGACCGAGUGGUGAGAAAAGGCACUUCCGUGCGAUGUUAGAGCGCGAGGUGCGCCGUGUGCACUAUUAUGAGUGGCGUUGGUCGGAACGAGUGCGAGAACGGGACCGUUAUGGUGCUGGUGCUCCGAAGAUGUUGGAAACCCCAGCUCCUGCUGUGAAUCCCACGGAGGAAAAGGCCGCGUGGUCCAAUGAAAGCUUCGAUGAGAACUUUUACGCCUAUGACCACCACCGCGACAAGGAAUUUCUGGACAAGGUGGCGCAGCCGCUGCCGGAGGCAGAGGAGAUGGAUAUGGACAGCAUGGUAGAAGAGGAGGAGGAGGUUGGCAGGGCUAACGCCAAGUAG